AUGCAAAUUCCAACCUCCCUCCUCGCCCUGACCGCCACCCUGACCUUCGCCGUCGCCGACCCUUCCUUCCGCUUCAGCGAGUACGGCAACGGCGACACCACCUGCUCCCCGGACAACCUCAUCAGCCCCUCAGUCUCCAUCGACGACGGCUUCGGCGGCUGCAAACAGUUCCCAGCCAACACGAACUCCGUGCAAUACGCGCUCCUCGAGGGCUCAAGGGCGGGUUGCAUUGUCAAGCUGUUCACGAACAACGCUUGCAAUGAAUCGGCUGAUUCGGAACAUGUUCCAGCAGUCGGAGAGACGAAGUGCCAGCCUCCGAUUGGUGGUGGAUGGCAGAGUGUGCAGGUCACUUGCCCGUAA